CAAAAGGGACGAAUCAGGCGUCAGCGCCAAAAAUCCAGCUGACUGGGGGAGGAGUUGUGGAGAUAUUUGGCGCUAGUUUGGUUUUUACAGUAGUCUUGCAGAGUUUGAAGAGUGAGCGGCAGAAUAUACUACAACAUUUAAUGAGAAUCACUAUUCGGAUACUUAAAAACAAACAAACAAACAAAAAAACAAACAACGAAAGCAAGAUCUUGACGCCGACAUGCCCAGCACCCGCUCCCGGACCCAGCCCACCCUCCCGUUCCCCCGGUGCAAGUCGUCCAGGGUGGCCCCCAAAAGCACCCGCUCCAAGAGCGCCCCCCAGCCAGAUGACGCCCAGGCCCCCUGCCCCGCAGGGCCCAAGCCCUGUCCCGAGUGGAUACAACACGUGUCUCUCUCCCCUAGAUGCAAGCCUCCCAAAGCCACGCCUCUGUCCCCGAGAAUCCCCCUCAGCCCCCGCAAACGCACAGGGGACGAGAAUGGCUGUAACCUCAGUGCCGACCUGCUUGGGUCUCCCCCCAAACAGGGCCGCCUGGCCCCUACGGCCCCCCGCAGGCUGGGCUUCGAUGAGAACACCCCCGGGUUGUCCCCGAGGAGACUGCUGACCCCGCUGUCCCCCAAGCGGCAGCCCCUUGCCCCCACCAACUGCCCCGGGUCCUCCCCAAGCAGACGGCAGGAGACUCCCAUUGGAGGCGCCCGUUGUCCUCCCCGCUCAGAGAAGGCCAUGCCGGUUGUCCGCCUGUUCGCUGAAAAGUCUAAGUACCACAGUGUGAAGCAGGCCCUUCACACAGCCGUCCCAGAGCGCCUCCUGUCCAGGGAGGCUGAGCGGGCCUCCAUUCGCUCCUUUCUGGAGGACAAGGCCCUGAAGGCCAGCCCGGCUAGCCUUUACAUCUCGGGGGCUCCUGGCACCGGGAAGACCGCAUGCCUCAAUGGUGUGCUACAGGAGAUGAAGGAUGAGCUGAAGGAUAUCAAGACGGUGGUGAUCAACUGUAUGACCCUGCGCAGCUCCCAUGCAAUCUUCCCCCUGCUGGCUGAGAAGCUGGGGACCUCUGGGGGCCACACAGACGCCAAGCUGCGGAAACUGCUCACCAGCGCAGGACCCAGUGUUCUCCUGGUUCUGGACGAGAUGGACCAGUUGGACAGCAAGGCCCAGGAAGUUCUCUACACGAUCUUCGAGUGGCCCUAUCUGCCCAAGUCUCGCCUCUCUCUCAUCGGCAUCGCCAACGCCCUGGACCUGACUGACCGCAUCCUCCCCCGGCUGCAGUCGCUGCCUCACUGUCGCCCCCUGCUGUUACACUUCCCUCCGUACAGCCGCCAGGAGCUGGCCGCCAUCGUACAGGACAGACUGGCCCAGGUGUCCGGCGAAGGUCUGCUGGACGCCACGGCCGUGCAGUUCUGCGCCAGGAAGGUGUCCGCCGUGUCGGGGGACGCGCGCAAAGCUCUGGACAUCUGCAGGAGAGCUGUGGAGAUUGUGGAGUCGGACGAUAGGAAGAACGCCGCCGGCCCAACGGAAGGGGCCAAGGCGUCUCGCGUGAGCGUGCCCCAGGUGGCGCGGGUGCUGUCGGAGGUGUACGGGGACCGGAUGGCCUCGUCGGCGGGAGGGGACGCGGAGAGCUUCCCCCUCCAGCAGAAACUCCUGGUGUGCUGCCUGCUGCUGCUGACCCGCUCCGGCAAGAGCAAAGAGAUCCCCCUGGGAAAGCUCCACGAGGUGCACAGUCGCCUGUGUGCCAAGCGGCAGGUGGGUGGCGUCGGGCAGGGGGAGUGCCUGUCCCUCUGCGGCCUGCUGGAGAGCCGGGGCAUCUUCGCCCUGAAGAAGGCCAAGGAGGCCCGCCUCACCAAGGUGUCUCUGAAGAUCGAGGAGCGGGAUGUGGAGAACGCUCUGAAGGAUCGCACCUUGCUCGGCAGCAUUCUGACCGCUGGCCUACCAUGACCUUUGACCCCUGUCACGACAGACAUUCCACCUCCUAACAAAGUCAGAUAUGUAUUUAUUUGUGCCGAAGUUGUGCGCAUAAUUGUAUAUUUUUUUUAAAAAUUGUUUUAGGAUUUUUCUUUUUUGUCCACAACCAGGAUGAUUGGAAAGGCAGAUUUUGUUUUUGCCGUGUUUAAAUUGGGACAAUGGGAACAUUGCAUGUUCAGCCCGUAUGAACAGCUACUUUUAACUUGAGCUAAGAUGUUCAAAUGUUUUUAUUUGAUGAAAACUGUAUGUAUAUCUUAUGUUGUAAUAAAAUGAACAUACAAACAUUAUUUUUAAACAGUUAAAUGACUUUAAGAGGCCAACUU